UAGACGUUCGUUUCUCUCUCCCUCUCUCCUCUCUCUCUCUCUCUCUCUUUCUCUCUCUGUGCUAUAUGGCUCCAGCUGCUGCUGCUGCUGCUGCUGGUGAAGAGUACUACGUGAAGAAAGAAGUAGUGAAUAGGGGAGCAUGGACGGCAGAGGAAGAUAGAAAGCUAGCUGAGGUGGUGGAAGUCCAUGGAGCCAAGAGAUGGAAGGCUGUGGCUGCUAAAGCAGGUUUGAAUCGGUGUGGUAAAAGUUGCAGGCUGAGAUGGUUGAAUUACCUGAGACCCAAUAUCAAGAGAGGCAACAUUUCAGACCAAGAAGAGGAUUUGAUACUUAGGCUUCAUAAGCUACUUGGAAACAGGUGGUCUUUGAUUGCUGGAAGACUCCCAGGUCGAACAGAUAAUGAGAUUAAGAACUACUGGAAUUCUCAUUUGAGCAAGAAAAUCAAACAGAGAGAAAAACAAAAUGGGGGUUCUAAACAGACCUCCCAACCCCACGAAGGAGAGGCAGUAGUACCGAAGGUGGAGGCCGCAGAAGUGAUCGAUCAGAGUGCAUCCAAAUUCAGCACGGAGGACGCAAAACUCAGCUCUAGAUCCGAUGAGUUCUUUGAUUUCUCAAACGAGGGGCCAUUGACCCUGGAAUGGGUGAGCAAAUUUCUUGAACUGGAUGAAGGAUUCGAUCUGCAUGUGAACUGUUCAUGAAAUUGAAAUCUUCCAUGAUUGAGUACCCGAUCCAUCAUAAGAGCUGUAAAUCAAUGAACAAAAAAAUCUUUAAACUUA